AUGGCUGAAUUCUCCACGAAAUGGGUGAAAGUGAGCGAACCUGCCCCACACGUAUUACUAGUCGAGCUCGCUAGACCGCCUGUCAACGCGUUCAACACAGACUUCUGGCAACAAUAUGCCCAUGUAUUUGACCAAAUCUCGGAGCACGGCUCUGAUGUUCGGGCAGUCGUGCUAUCCUCUGCGAAUCCAAAGCUAUUCACUGCUGGGCUGGAUUUGCAUGCAACAUCAACCCUCACCGUUGAUGAUACAACCGAUCCAGCGAGGCGCGCUCUCGACCUCAGGAAGCAUAUCCUGGAAUUCCAACGCGCUAUAGGGGCGCCCGAACGUUGCCCGGUUCCCGUGAUUGCAGCUGUGCACGGCCUUGUUCUUGGACUAGGAAUCGAUAUUCUAGGAUAUUGCGACGUUCGUUUCGCCGCGUCCAAUGCUUCUUUCAGCAUCAAGGAGGUCGAUGUCGGGCUCGCCGCUGAUAUUGGAACGCUGUCUACCAUUCCGAAAGUGACGGGGAAUCAGUCACUUGUUCGAGAACUCGCGUUCUCUGCUCGAAAUUUCUCCGCUCUAGAGGCAGAAAAACUCGGGCUGCUUUCCAGAAUUGUUGAUGGAAGUAAGGAUGAAGUAGUUUCGGCGGCAUUAGAGUUGGCAAAAGUGAUCGCUGCGAAGAGUCCCUAUGCUGUUGCUGCGACUAAGCAACUCCUCCUACACUCUAGGGACCAUUCGGUCGCCGAGAGUCUUGAGUAUACUGCAACAUGGAACUCGGCCGGGUUGCAAGCUAAAGACACAAUGGCCAGUAUAAUCGCAGUUAGGUCAAAGAAGCCGGCGCAGUAUGAGCCAUUGCGAAAGAUCAUCUCGAAACUUUGA